AUGGCUACAGGGAAAUUACUUCGGCACCACACACCUCCACCUUCCCAUAUUCUAAAUGGGAAUAGUGACAACGAGCUCUCAGUGUUGUGGCAUUCAGCCGAGCUGAGUGGCUCAGGCACCAGGCACAGUGCUUGGCCCACACUGGCGGAUGACUGGCCCCUGGCUCUUGGACCUCCGGGCUUGGCCGGCAAGGGAGGCAGCAACAUCUCCAGCAGCCCCGCGUGGGUGGGCUGGCAGGCAAUGGACACAGAGGUCACUGGGUUGCAGUUUCUGCAGGGGCCGCUAAAGUCAGGAGCCUUGUUGGCAAAUGUUGCGCUCCACUACCUGGGUGCCCGCACCCACGCCAGCGGGAGCGCAGCCGCGGGCCCCUCUCUGGGCCGGCACCGGGUGCCGCCUGGGUCACGGACGCCCCGGCGGGAAGCUGCAGGCCGGCCGGCUGCGGGGCGGGACCGGCCGCCGCGGGGGCGCCCCUUCCGCGCACUGCGGGCCGGGCGCGCUCGGGUUCGCGCCGCCGCCGCAGCCACCCGAGGGGGCCGCUCCCAGGCCUCGUCGACGAGGCCCUGGGAUCGCGCUGGGCGCCGAAGGGACCUCCCCAGGGACCCGCCUGCCCCACACCGCCCCGCCCCGGCGCGCGCCGCAUCAGGUGCCCCGGCCCCAGCCCUACCUGCGGACUCCAGGCUCUUGGGGCUUCCAGAGGAUGCUCGAGCCACCUGCGGUGAACUCGGGGCAGCAGUGAGGUCCUCUCCUCCUGUGCCAGGGGCUCCCCCAGGGGGCCGAGCAUGGUGGUUUUCCCUUGGAACCUCCUGGCUUGGGACGUCUGAGAAGAUACCUGCCAUGAGGCUGUUCACUUGCUUCCUGCAGCUCCUGGCUGGGCUGGCACUGCCUGCUGUGCCCCCCCAGCAGUGGGCCUUGUCUGCUGGGAACGGCUCAUCUGAGGUGGAAGUGGUGCCCUUCCAGGAAGUGUGGGGCCGCAGCUACUGCCGGGCGCUGGAGAGGCUGGUGGACAUCGUGUCGGAGUACCCCGGCGAGGUGCAUCACAUGUUCAGCCCCUCGUGCGUCUCCCUGCUGCGCUGCACCGGCUGCUGUGGUGAUGAGAACCUGCACUGCAUGCCGGUAGAGACGGUCAAUGUUACCAUGCAGCUCUUGAAGAUCCACUCUGAGGACCGGCCCUCCUAUGUAGAGCUGACAUUCUCUCAGCACGUCCGUUGCGAGUGCAGGCCUCUGCGGGAGAAGAUGAAGCCCGAAAGGAGGAGACCCAAGGGCAGGGGGAAGAGGAAGAGAGAGAAGCAGAGACCCAGAGACUGCCACCUGUGCGGCAAUACUGUUCCCCGGAGGUAACCAGCCCCCCUCUGAAGAGAGUCACCCCACACCCGGCUCCUGUAUUUAUUACCGGCACACUCUCAGUUACCUCCCUGCUGACACCU